AACUAUAACCAGCGAUAUCAAUAAUGUAUUAUAUAGCGCCGCUAAUUUUAUUUUUCGUUUCCUUUUCAGUAGCAUCAUCUCCUAAGGAAGAAUCCAGCUCUAGUGGAAUUCACCUUAAUAUUGAAUACCCUAAGGAUGAUACUCCAGGUCAUCUGAAUGUAGCUACAGGUGAUGGUGAUGAGGCUGCCAAUCCCAAAACUCCGGUUGUUAUCAUAGCGCCUAAGGCAUUGGUCGACUAUGAGCGUUUGUACAAGAAGAUGAUGCAAAAUGCUCCACCUGUAAAAGGGCAUGAAAACAUAGAGAAGGGGUUGUUGUAUGACAAGAAAGAGGCAUAUUCCGACCCUGCCUCUCGUCGUCAAUUAUUAUUCGAGCUCCUACGGGACGCUGAAGCUGAUUUGGCUUUUUACCGCGCUGAUCACAGUGAGAUGGAUUUGCUAUUAUCGCAUCGUUAUUAACGUUCUGCCAUUGAAUCACCCUUUCUCUAUAUUACAAUGUUAAUGUUUAGAUACGUUA